AUGGAGGAGCAGGGAAGAAAGAUUAGAAAAGAACUAGAGACUUUAAAAAAGGAAAUUAAGGAUUUUAAGGAGAAAGAAUUUAGAUGGGAAAGAGAAAGGAAAGAGUUAUUAGAAACACAGGAAGAGUUAAAGAAAAGGAUGGAGAAGAUAAAGGUAAGAGGAAAUAGUGUAUGUGAGAGAAGGGUCAGAGAAAUAGAGAGGAAAUUAGAGAUGAAGGAAAGAGAGGAUAGAAAGAAGAAUUUGCUAAUUAAGGGGGUAGAGGUUAAGGAUGGGAAUAGGAAGGAGGCGGUGGAGAGGGUGUUCAAAGAGAUAGGAGCUGAAGUGACAGUGAGAGGAGUCAGGAGAAUAGGAGAGGGAAAUAAAAAAGGGAAAGAGUUGGUUUGGGUGAAGCUAGAGAGUGAAGAACAGAGGAAAGAGGUAUGGAGUAAGAAGAAGAUCCUGAAGGGGAGAGAAGAAAAAAUUAUGGAAGACUGGACUUGGAAGGAAAGGAAAAUGAGAUGGAGGUUAGAAAGGAUAGCUAGAGUAGAAGAGAAGGGUAUGAAGGUAUGGUUAGGAUAUAGGAGGAUUAGAAUAGGAGACAGUUGGUGGAAGUGGGAUGAAGAAGAGGAGGUCCUGAGAAAUGAGAAAGGGGAGCUGAGGAAAGAGGAAGGGGGAGAAGGGAAUGUAGGAAGAUUGUGA